GUACACCGCGUACCGAUAUAUAGUCCUUGUCGGUUGCGAUAGCCCGGGCUCGGGCCUGGUGGCCUGAAGUAGCGUUUCGACAGCUGAAGCGCAACAUCUUCGGUGGGCACAUUCCCCAAUAUAAGCGCUUUAACAAUCCACACAGUUACACACUAGCAACCAAGCCUUCUUUAAUACUUAUAUCUUGCAAGCGGCCUUUGCUUUGUAGCUCGACGGUUUCGUCCUAUCACUGCAAAAUCUAUUAUGUCUUCUAUCAUCGCUAUGCCUAUCAACGAGGACGGUGUCGUUGUGGUCGACCGCAAGCUGCUGGGCAACGAGGUCGAGAGCAAGGCCCGCUGCGCGGACACCGCCUGCACCGCGGCUGCGCCCGCCCCGCCCGCCACGGCGGCCGCGCCCACCUCCAUGCCGGAGCUGUUGCAGGCGUUGCAGCGCGCCAUUGACGAGGAGAAGGCCACUGGCCAGGUCGCCAUCAACGCUGUGGACCAGACGCCCGAGUCCGCUGCGCGGCUGAGCGCCCGCGUGCAGGCUCUACUCUCGGCCUACACCAGCUCCAACUCGGGCGACUGGCGACGCUACGCCAUGUUCAACGACAUCCACUACGUGCGCAACCUGGUGGAUGCCAAUGAGGACUUUGAACUAAUUGUUCUUUGUUGGAAGCGCGGGCAAGUCAGCCGCGUGCACAACCACGCCAACGCGCACUGCUGGCUGGCGGUGCUGGACGGCGAGAUGCGCGAGACGCAGUUCCAGCGCGCGUCCGCGCCGCCCGGCUGCCCCGCGCCCGCGGCCUCGGAGCACGAUGGCAGCACUGUGUACGUGGAGCCCACACAGGUGUCCGACAUGCGAGUGGGUGACGCCGGCUACAUCAACGACUCCAUGGCGCUGCACAACGUGGGGUGUUGCAUGCCCGCCCUGGCCGCUGGCGAGGAGGGCCCCGAGGGCGGGGUGACGCUGCACUGCUACGCCCCCCCGAUUCGCCGCGUCAAGAUCUAUGAGGACAGCAAGGUCACGGAGCGCGUGCCCGGCUACUACUCCAAGGGCGGAGUGCGCGUUUGAAAGCCUGGUACGGCGUCUGUUGCACGGAGAGCCUGCUGCCUGGCGCGCGGCAGGAGAACGAGAACCAGCUUCAGAAUCAGCAGCGAGAAGUGUGUACGGAUAGACGGAUGAUGGAGAGCGAUCGCUUGUGCCAUUCAUAUAGGAGGCAGCAGCCCGUGUGUGCAGGCGCGUUGCGGGCCUAUGGUAGCGGCGUAGGCGCUGUGUGUUGUCAGCACGUAUUUCUCACAGCAUGAACGCGGAAUUAUUGUGGUAAGCACUGUAUAAAAGCAUUGGUGGCCGCAUAUGCGGCGGCGGUCCCCAGUCGGCAAGUGAACCAAUCUGCAUGAAGGCAUCAUCUUCUAGACCAACGCGUGUCAAAACGACACCCACUGCUGCGCAGUGCACAGCAGACACGCACGGUAGGAUUCCCGUGGCGAGUUUUGGUGUGUACGCUUGCGUCCAUGGGAAUGCGGUUGUUCUUUGUUUCAUAAUCUUGCGUACCAAGAGAGUUCCUGAAAGUUUGAGGCAGUGCUCUGGUGGUGAGAAGGAUAGAGAGCUAGGCAACGUUAAACAUGGUGUCCGUCCUGGUCCGUCAGGGUCCGGCUGUCUGGCGCCGGCAGGGGCACGAGCAUGAGCACCAGCAGUGAUACACGGCUGGAAGCUGUUACAUUGUUCGUGUGGACGCAAACGUCUUUAGAAGCCUUAGCAUAGCACAAGCUAUUUCAGCAUUUAGGCGGUGGCGGGUGACCACGCACGGGGUUGACGACUAUAGCGGUAACACAAUCUGCGGUGUAGGAGGUGUAGGGGUGGACACAGUGUGCGGGGCGACACUGUCACGCCGGAGAGCCGCAUAGGCUCGAAUAUAUAGAUGAAGGUUGUGUAAUACACUAAUUAU